GUUCCUGAGACCUUGAAACACCACUGUGGCUUCGCGAGAGGCAAUCCUAGCGUUCCUGGCAGCUAAACUUUCUCUCUCUACUGAGUGCAUCCACCUCCUUAUGUCGGAUAUCCUAGCCAAUAGAAGUCGAUCACAUGAUCCAUCCAUGAUCUCGUAGCUGAUUAGAAUCAGUCGGCAGGCGACUCUGGACACAGUUGAUCAGGGUUGUCAUGUGAUCCAGCCUCAUCAAUAUCCAGAAGGCAAGAAGAUGGCUGGACCCACAGACUUCAAAAUCGCGACUGCCAGCCCUCAGACCAAACCAAAGUUGAGAAAAUCAGAAGCCUCGUCCAGAAUAUUCGAUCACGGGGUGCAAGAAUCUGCGAUCGGUUUGACAAUGUCUCAUGAAUGGUCGAAAUGGAUGGGAGUGUUAUUAAAGGCAUCUGAAUUAUUGCUGGGAAAGCUUGGAGAUGAGCCAAAGAGAACAAGAACAGACCUAAUUAAUCCAGGUUCGAGGUUAAAUGUAUGCGUACCUGUGUCGAGGGAGAUUGUAGCGGACCCCGGAGAGUGGGUGAGACCGUUGGGUUGCCUGGAGAUGUUUAUGUCUGUAGGGGGUGACUAUGGCACUCUCAAUACAGUACAGGGAGUGUGGCUCUCCUCUACACGACCCAUCCUUCCUGAAGAGGUCAGACAGGCACUCACCAUUGUUGCCCGACAAACACAAGUACUGCAGCUGUGUGUGGAGUGGCGGGGACUGUGGCCGUGGUUCCGCCGGAUGAAGGUCCUCCUAGUCCCCUUCAAAGUAGACCACGGUGACGUCAUGUCAGUAUACUGCAAGAUUCAAAGCUUGCCCUACCAAAUGUCCCGCGGGCCACUGUGGAGGGCGCGGCUGGUGCCCCUUCCUCCUCGGUCCCCUGGUCGCUACGAAGCCGUCCUGGUGAUCGCCGCUCAUCACUGCAUCACGGACGGUCUCACCAAUAUGCAGGUGUGCCGGGAGACCCUGCAAAUACUCAACGCCAUCAUGAGUGGCCGUCAGCACAAGGUGUUGCCCCGUUUGGUCAUACCAAGUCUUGCCGAAGAACAACUUACUUUACUAGACUGGUUGUGUGCUUUUAAGUACUUCUGCAGGAAAAUUUAUGGUUCUUUGUUCACAAACUAUAAUACAAAAUUGUAUUUUAAUGGCGCUCUUCAGCAGCCUGCGACAAGACUGGCCAUAACCAAGGUUCUGCACAAGGAGUACACUGUGGAAACAACGCGGCUGCUCUUGCUACGGUGUAAAGAAGCCAGAGUUACAGUACACUCGUGUAUCGUAGCCGCAGUGAACCUGGCCCUAUUAAGUGUGGCACAGAAAAACUCAACGAAUCAGUUAGAAGAGGCGCUAAUCAAUGGGGUGAACUGCAUCAACAUGCGUCGUUACUAUCCUCAAGAGUACAAGGAGUCUCCUGGCUGCCACAUCUCUCUGGAAGAACAGGAACGCCUCAUCCGCAGUAGCGACGCUAGCAGUAAGGAAAACUUCUGGUGUUUGGCGAAUCGCUUAAACGGAGACUUAAGAAAGAGCCUCAACGUAGACAAAAUACCCAUAAAAAACUAUCCACUUUACCGGCUAUCCACACUAAUUUUACACAUAAACUACCUACUGACCAGUCUAGGACGCAAGCAUCGUACUGACAGCCACUUCGUCACCACAAACAUGGGAGACCUCCGAGACCUGUUGCCAGGUAAAUAUGAUGGACCUGUGGAGAUCACCAACCUCUUGAGGUCCGUCUCUAGUGAGCUGACUGGUAACCCCUUCACUGUGGUCUUCCACACCUUCCUGGAGCGCUUUAUGAUAUCCCUGGACUACUACACUACCAAAGUGACGGAUGAAGUGGCCGAGCUGUUCUUCUCGACACUCACCAACUACAUCACCAACAUUGCCCACCACGGCACCGUCUUAGUCACCACUGGGCAAUAA